AGAAAGAAUGAAAUGUCAAAACAUAACCUAAAUUUUGAUGUCGAUAAGAUGUUGAUGUAAAUAUGGAAAUAAUUAUUAAUUAAUACCUACUUGUUUAUGAUCUAGAAACAGUAAACUAAUCUUCAAUAAUUUGAUAAUGGCAGCAGUUUUGAAAAAACGUGCAUUGGCUGAGUACAGUCAAACUAUUCAGGAACCACCUGUUCUCCCAAUCAAGAAACUUCGUCUCAUCAAGAAUCCACUUCCAACAAGUAGUACCUCAUUUCUCACCCUUGUCAAUCAUCUAGAAGAAUGCAAGACUAGUAGUGAAGCACUCAAAACACUACUUCAAAUAUCUGAAACAGAAUUAGACCAUUCAGAUCUAGCAGAAGCUGUUAAAAAACUAUGUGAUCAUUUCAAAGGGGAAUGUGAAUCCUCUGUGAGAGUGAAAAUUUUGUCCCUGCUAUGUGACAUUGGACUGGAAAAUUCCACAGAAGCAGUUACCAUUGUAGAUGAAACUAUUCUGUUAUUAAAAACUGAUAAGUCUCAUAAGGUUAUAGCACAAGGCAUGAAUACAAUAUUGAAACUUGGAAAACUAAUCACAGAUAGCUGUACCUUAUUUCAUACCAAACUUGUAGAAGUAGCCAAAACCUACUUGAAAGAUACAAGUCAUGCUGUUAAGUGCAAAUGUUUAGAAAUAAUUGGUGCACACUCACCUCUGUGUACUGAUGAAGGGACUGAGAAAUUGUUACAUCUAAUCAGUUCUUACUUCAAUCAUGAUGAUGCUAGAGUGAGAAGUGAAGCUUUUCAAACAGUUGUGGUACUCCAUGAUAGGGGCUUCAAAAUAAAUCCUAAUAUCUAUGUUGAUGUCUGUGAAGGCCUGAAUGAUGAUUACGAAAUAGUAAGAAGAGUUGUAGUCAGAUUGAUUUGUGUGUUGGGAAAUUCUUACCCUGACAAUGAGAUCCUGUUACCUGGAAGUAUUCAUGAGAUUCGAUUGAUUGAUGAUGCAUUUGGAAAAAUUUGUAAUUCUGUUUCUGAUCUUUCAAUGAAUGUGAGGACACUAGCUGCUGAACUUUUGGGUUCCAUGAAACUAGUCAGUCCAAAAUUUUUGAAUCAAACUCUGGAUAAGAAACUCAUGUCCAACAUGAGGAGGAAAAGGACAGCUCAUGAAUUGGCAUGGGAAAAUGUUACCAGUGGGGAAUGGGCCAGUGGUAAAAAAUGGGCAGAUGAUGCACCCAAAGAACUACUAGAUGCUGAUAAUAUAAGUUUGAUGAGUAGUGGAGCCUGUGGGGCAUUUGUUCAUGGACUUGAGGAUGAAUUUUUAGAGGUUAGAUCUGCGGCAGUCGAAUCUCUCUGUCAGCUGUCAAUAUCCAAUUCUCAGUUUGCUAACUUGGCACUGGACUUCUUGGUCGACAUGUUCAACGAUGAGAUAGAAGAUGUUAGACUGAAAGCCAUAGAUAGUCUGCGAAUGAUAUCAGAGCAUAUUAUUCUUAGAGAUGAUCAACUAGAGACGAUAUUAGGAGCAAUUGAAGAUUUUUCUCAGGAAGUGAGAGAAGGACUGCACAGGAUGUUAGCCUCCUGCAGCAUGUCGACAACGGCUGGUCUCAAAAUGUGCGUGGAAAAGCUGUUGGACAACUUGAAGAGGUAUCCGCAGGAUAAGAGAUCUACUUACAGAUGCCUGCAGAAAAUCGGGGCCCAACAUCCCGACUUGGUUCUUCCGUUGGUGCCACAAUUCUUGAAUAUUCACCCUUUCUUCGAUACUGCAGAGCCUGACGUUGAAAAUCCCCAAUAUAUUUGUCUUCUUAUUUUGAUUCUCAAUGCCGCCCAACAUUCUUUGACGAUAAUGCAACUACUGGAACCCCACACGAUCAGGCAUUUUUUAUAUUUGCGGGACACGAUGACACAGUAUGUACCAGUUUUGAACUUGACAGACUUGAACUUCAAUUCGGUGGCUAGGCCGAUGUCUGUACCUGAAAGUUUGGCAUUCUUGGACAAUGUCAUCAACAAUCUGGAUAUGACUGAAAAUACAGUGAGGGUUCACACAACUCUAUUACAGACAGCCAAAGAACAUCUAAACAGGCUCAGCAAAAUGGAUUCAACAGUUGCAGGCACUGCCCAAUUCACUGCCCUGUAUAUCGCUGCCCAGCUCGAAAUUCUCCAAAUAAUUGAGAAAGGUUUUUGGGCGAAUCCCGGUACAUUAGCAACUCAGCAAUCGAAUAAUUUGAAGACUAGCAUAGACAACCUCCUUCAACUUUGUCUGAAGCUGCAGUUCUUUUUCGUUGGUCUCAGUCCUGUAGAGCAGUGUGCUAUAAAGCAGUUCAGGCUGAGAGCUCUUGCACUGAAUUUAGUCUACAUCGUUAAAGGUAGCAAUGCGUCAGCCCUAGCUCCCUGUCACUAUUUCCUCACGGCGGUGGAAGACAUGCAGAAGGAGCUGUCACAAGCCGGUCUGCAGCCUGACAAUUUCACCGCACUGGUUUUCGCCGAACUGGCCCAACUCGAGGAACCGAAACCGGGGGCCGUUUCCAGGGUGCUGAUGCCCAUCCUUUCCGAAGCCAAGAUGGGUAGGAUUCCAAGGCCAAAUAUCGAUAUUCGAAUGAGCUCGGCGUCUAUCCUGGAACCGACCGGCCAUGCCGACACGUCCCUGAAAUUCACGGCCGGCCUGAUAAUGUCGGUGCCCUUCGAGGCCGAGCUGCGCUACCUGUUGGAUCCGAGCAGGAUCCGACUGAAGAUCAAGUAUCCCGAUCAGCGGACGCAAAUUGUCUUGCCGCGGCCCCGGCAUCUCAAGCCUUUGUACUAUGAUUCGACAGAGAAAGAAUCUCAAAUUGGCCAUAAUAUUCGCCUGUUGACUUCCGUGUUGAUUUCCCAUCAAGUGUGGUCUGAAGCUUGUGAUGUUGAGAUCAACAUCGCCCUGGCGAUUCCUGAAGCUGACAUCGGAAAAAGGAAAGUCGUGGUUGAUUCCACGCCAACUUUGCUCGAUCUGUGCAAACCUGUUAGAGUCAGUGUUGCUCCGAAACCGAUCAAGAAAACAUUGUAAGGUUGGUCUGUUUCUGUGAUGAUGAUAUGAAAUGAUAUUUUUAUGAAAAAAAUAAAGAUGAUUUGUUUUAUAGAUAAACUU